AGAACGCGAUCGAAUCUGGGUCGCCUUCUUAGACCAUAUUGCCACGAGUUUAAUGAGAAAAACAGAGGAACCCAACACCAGAUUAGGGUUGCAGACUUGCAAGUGGCGCUUCAAGAGUGGACAAACAGUAGUUGACCGAACCAAUUGAAUCAUCUCCCUCCCAAAAAAUACUCUCUUUCGUUGAUUGGGUUCACGAGUUUGGAGAGGAACGGACAUCUGCCGUAUGCGGACUCGCGAUGGUUAAUGCGAUCAAAUGAUCAAUACACGACACAUUUCAGCUUCCCGACAAUUCCAAAGCUUGAAUCGCGGCAGAAGGUGUCCACUUCUACUGGUCCACAUACUUCCUCUAUUCGGAACUCAUGGGUGUCUCUGAUUGAUGGAAAAGGCCUUAAAAAUCUAAUCUUGUUGAGGAAAUAUUGAGGGAGGAGGAAAGCAGGAGUAGAAGUGGUAAUGGAAGAAGAAGGGAUCGUAGAGGAAGCGGUGGCAGUGCGACUGCUGCGCUCGGAUUCAAGAUGGGUUGAUGGAAGUGAGGUCGAAAGGGAGGAGAGAAGUACUGGUUUUGUAGGGUUCGAGGAGGAGGCGAUUAUGCGAAGGAGGUUGCGGAAGAAGACCAAGAGAGUCGACUCAUUGAAUGUCGAGGCCAUGAUUAUCGCCGGCUCGCACGGGCAUCGCAAGGAGAAUCUUUCAACAUGGAGCACGAUAGCUAUGGCAUUUCAAACUCUUGGUGUUGUAUAUGGUGACAUGGGUACAAGUCCUUUAUAUGUUUUCAGUGAUGUUUUCAGCAAGGUUUCCAUAAAAUCAGAAGUGGAUGUGUUAGGAGCAUUGUCUUUAGUUCUCUACACAAUUGCGCUUAUUCCUUUUGCAAAGUAUGUGUUUGUAGUGCUGAAGGCUAAUGAUAAUGGAGAAGGCGGCACAUUUGCUUUGUAUUCAUUGAUUUGUAGGUAUGCAAAAGUUAGCCAACUUCCAAAUCAGCAGCGCGCUGAUGAAGAUAUUUCUAGUUUUCAGCUAAAACUGCCAACUAUCGAGUUAGAAAGAGCUCUUAGAAUAAAAGAUUGUUUGGAAAGAAAUUCUUCUUUCAAAAUGCUUCUUUUACUUCUGGUUCUCAUGGGUACUUCUAUGAUUAUUGGUGAUGGCAUUCUUACUCCAUCUAUGUCAGUAUUAUCUGCAGUUAGUGGCCUACAGGGAGCUAUUCCAGGGUUUAAUACGGAUGCUGUUGUACUUCUUUCCAUUGCGAUCCUUGUGGUGUUGUUUAGUAUACAAAGUUUUGGAACUGGCAAAGUGGGUUUCCUCUUCGCUCCUGCUCUUGCACUUUGGUUCUUUGGUAUUGGCUCAAUUGGGUUCUACAACAUAAUUAAGCAUGAUAUUACUGUUCUUAGAGCUUUAAAUCCAGUUUAUAUCUAUUUGUUCUUCAAGAGAAAUAACUUAGAGGCAUGGUCAGCACUUGGGGGAGUUGUCUUGUGCAUUACAGGAGCUGAAGCAAUGUUUGCAGAUCUUGGCCAUUUCUCUUUAAAAUCUAUACAGAUUGCCUUCACAUUUUUAGUGCUUCCCUGCCUUUUCUUAGCAUAUUUUGGCCAAGCUGCAUAUCUAAUGAAACAUCCAGAUUCAGUUGAAAGAGUUUUCUAUGAUUCUGUUCCAGAGGCCCUGUUUUGGCCAAUAUUUGUCAUAGCUACUUUUGCUGCUAUGAUUGCAAGUCAAGCCAUGAUAUCAGCGACAUUUUCCUGCAUUAAGCAAUCCAUGGCUCUUGGUUGCUUCCCUCGGAUGAAGAUUAUACACACCUCUAAGAGAUUUAUAGGCCAGAUAUAUAUUCCCAUUAUCAACUGGUUCUUGAUGGUCAUGUGCAUAAUUAUUGUUGCCAUUUUCAGGAGCACAACCGACAUUGCUAAUGCGUAUGGUAUUGCCGAGGUUUUGGUGAUGUUGGUGAGCACUACAUUGGUGACACUCGUAAUGCUCCUCAUAUGGCAAACCAACCUAUUUCUUGCCCUUAGUUUCCCUGCCAUAUUUGGGACAAUAGAGCUGAUUUACUUAUCCGCAGUUCUUAGCAAGGUACUGGAAGGUGGGUGGCUUCCACUUGCAUUUGCGUUAAGUUUCCUCUUUGUGAUGUAUGUCUGGAACUAUGGAAGUGUGUUGAAGUACCGCAGUGAGGUGCGAGAGAAAAUUUCCAUGGAUUUCAUAACCGACCUUGGAUCCUCACUUGGAACUGUUAGAGUUCCAGGAAUUGGACUUGUCUAUAAUGAGUUGGUACAAGGUAUCCCUUCAAUAUUUGGCCAGCUUCUUGUCACCCUCCCUGCUGUGCACUCAGUUAUUGUGUUUGUCUGCAUCAAGUAUGUUCCAGUUCCCAUUGUUCCUCUCGGCGAACGGUUCCUUUUUCGAAGGAUUUGUGACAAGGAUUUCCACAUGUUCCGAUGUGUUGCACGCUACGGAUACAAAGAUGCAACCAAGGAAGACCACCACACAUUUGAGCAGCUGUUAGUGGGGAGUCUUGAGAAGUUUUUGAGAAAGGAAGCUCAAGAACUUGCAAUAGAGAAGAUCCCAGAAGAAACAGAUCCUAACAAUGAGUCAAUGGUGUCAGGGAACACCGGCAUUCGAAGCGAUGUUCCCGAGCUCUGCAUCCCAUUACUGUCUGAUAAGAAUGUUGUUGACAUCAAAGUUACCAGGGUGGAAGAUGGUUCUUCGCUUCCAUCUACUUCGUCGCCAUCGACCGAGGAUCCAAGUUUGGAAUAUGAACUUUCUGCACUGAGAGAAGGGAUAGAAUCAGGAUUCACUUAUCUGCUUGCUCAGGGUGAUGUGAGAGCAAGAAAGGAUUCUUGGUUCACAAAGAAGCUUGUGAUCAACUACUUCUAUUCAUUCCUGAGAAGGAAUUGCAGAGCAGGUGCUGCAAAUAUGAGUGUGCCUCAUAUGAAUAUUAUUCGGGUUGGAAUGACUUAUAUGGUUUGAGCUAAAUUCAAAUCUUUCUCACAGCAGAUCACUGAUCACUGUAUUGAGAUAAUGAGAUGCCUUGUUGUUUUCUUUUAUUAAUAGACAGUUGCUGGCACUAGAAAUAGGCUUCAAAAAUUUCAAGUUGUUCUGCUUUAUAUCUUGUAUUAUUCUGUCAAUAAUGUUAAGUCUUGUUUAGAAUUCCAAAUAAAUGCAGGAAUGUUUGCAA